AUGCUUGCGAUGACCAAGAUCGCCCAACACUGGGACAGCAGCCACAAGAGGCAUUCUGAUGAUGUUUUGCGCCGCCUGCAGAGGCUGGAGCAGGCAGUUUUCAACCAGCCUCGUCAGUCACUAGAGCCGCCACAAGUGGAUAAAUCAAUUCCAAGAGUCCCGUCAAUAAGAUUCACCGCAUUCGGAAUCCAUCUGAUGAUCCCAAAGCCAGACGAAGCCGAGGAACAAAGGGUCUACAUGGAAAAUUUAGCCAACAAGCUACCUCCACAAGCUCAAGCAAGGCUCCUGCUUGAACACUUUGCGAAAACCUCCCACCCGAAUAGUUGUAUUCUACAUAUCCCAUCAUGCCGUACCUUGCUGGAGCAAACUUAUGAGAGCAUAUGCACGGGAGGAAUGCCUCCAGUCGAAAAUUUGCUGCUGCUGUUCGGCAUUUUUGCAGCGGCUGCAUUUCAUUGGUCCUCAGAACUUCUUCAGAGCCUCCACGCGACACGUGCGGAAGCAAAGGCUGCCCUUUUCGAAUAUCUUCGGGUAGGCGUGUCUAUUAUUGACAACACCGUGCGACCAAUCAUUCCAUCCACCAACGCCCUGGCAGCCAUGUGCAACCUACAUAAUGUGAUUACGCAUGCUCGAGGACUAUCAGACAACGAUGUGGCGUUGCGCAUGAAGUGUUACGGCAUGGCUCGCACCUUGCAAAUCGAUCGUCUUGAUACGGCAAAGAGUCGAGAAGAACGCAGACAAAAGGGGUGCAACAUGAUUGAGGUGGAAGUCCAGAGAAGGAUUUGGUGGAGUUUAGUGGGCAGCGAUUGGCUGAACUCGUUUUCAGGCGGGCCAAACGACGGCGCGUACUUUCUCCAACCCAAACACAUGAACGUCCGGCUUCCGGCAAACGUGGAUGACAAGGAUGUUACGGCGGACAUGGUGGAGAAGGAUAUUCCCCUUACCAAACCUUCGGGUAUGAGCGGAUUUAUUCACCGUGUCAAGAUAUCUCAAAUUUGCCGAGAAGUUGUUGACGCUCUGCCGUCACAAUUUCAUGACGCUGACGAAAGAAGCUACAACACGAUUUUACAAAUGGACAAGAAAUUUCGUACCUUUCUAGAGGAGCUCCCAGUUUACUUUCGGUUGGACCCCGAAAGUAUAGAACGGUCCAAGGAUAUUUGCAGAGAGCGUCCAAUCAUUGCACUGCAGCGAGUUGGCGUCAACUUCAGCAUACGCAUACGACUAUGCCGUCUUCAUAGACCGUACCAUCUGGAAGGCCUAACAAAUUCAACAUAUGCAUAUUCCCACAAAGCUUGCAUCCAGGAAGCGCAAAAGGUGCUUGAUCUGCGUCGUGCGAUGGACGAAUGUGGCUCCCCGCUGGGGAUGAAUCCGGCUCGUUCCUGGAUUGUAAUGCAGCACGUUUCCAUCGCGGCGCUUAUUCUCGCCACAGAUGUGUCUUUCAACCCGCUAGCACGAGAUGCAGAGCAGAGGAAAGCCAAAGUACUUGCUACGUGUGAGCUUCUGGAAAAGUCGAUGGAAGAUUCCGAAUCCAUCAUGGAGGGUGUUCAGCGCAAUGUGCAAGUUCUCGUAUCGACGCUGCAGAAACAACGGUCUCAGAGCGCAAGUCGACAUGAACCUUCUGCAUCUUUGUACACAGCGUCCGGUAUGGAGCAAUUGAGGGACGCCGCCAUGGCGGAUGCUGAUGAUGAUACGGUGGCGAAUUUUGUAGGCAGCACGGAUAGGAACAAUGGCUUUCUGGAUGAUUUGAACGAGGAUCAGACGGAUUGGGAUCAGCUCUGGAAGGACUUUAUUGCGAUAGCGCCGGAGUUGGACGUGGCGCAUUGGGACCUUUUGUUUGAAGAUGUGCAGCCGGCAUAG